AUGGCAAUCUCACAAGAAGAAGAAGAAGACGAAAACCUCAUUGACGAUGAGUCAGCAGAACACAAAUCGUGGCAGGAUGAAAUCAGAAAUUACCUCAUCAACGACGCCGUGCCAGAGGAGCGAUGGGCGGCCCGCCGCCUCCGACGAAAAGCAGCUUACUACUUCUUACGCAACAACGAGCUUUUUCGCUGGAGCGCAAACAAAGUCAUCCUGCGAUGCUGCGACGAAGCACAAGCUAAGACCAUCAUGGUCGAGACCCACGAGGGAGCAUCAGGAAAUCACGCCGGCGGAAGAUCACUUGUUUUAAAAAUCAAGAAGAUCGGAUACAUCUGGCCAACGAUGAUCGGCGAUUGCAUAAACGUCGCCGCCAAAUGCGUUUCCUGCCAAAGAUACGCACCGGCAAUCAAUGCCCCAACGCAAGCACUUCAACCUGCGAUCCCGGCAUACCCCUUUAUGCCCUGGGGAAUGGAUAUCGUCGGCCCCAUGCCACGCUCGCGGCAAUGCGCUUACCUCCUGAUCGUCACCGACUACUUUACUAAGAUUGAAGGCUACCAAGGAGAUUGGGCGGACGAAUUGGAUGGAGUACUCUGGUCGCAUCGAACCACCCCCAAAACCGUGUCCGGGGAAACCCUAUUCUCUUUGUCGCACGGUUGCAAAGCGCUAGCACCGGCAGAACUGCACGUAGCCAGCUUACGACUAUCGUUAAUGCCACUCAACCCGGCACUGAAUGACGACUCACUCCUGCAUAGUUUAGACCACGCCGAAGAGCUACGGGAUCGCGCCCUCCUGCAUAUGCAAAACUACCACCAACAAGCAACCAGAUAUUACGACAGAAAGGUGCGAAACCGGCGCUUCGAGCUCUACGACCUUGUAUCUAAGAAGGUCCACGACUUUACCAAACCUGAGCACGCAGGCAAGUUCGGGUUCCAUUGGGAAGGGCCGUUUCGCAUCACCAAGAUCAUCAAACCCGGGGUCUACGAGCUAGACGAUUGUCAAGGAAACCCACUGCCUCGUUCGUGGAACUCCAUGAACCUACGCAAGUUCUACACCUAG